AUGACGGAGUUCCUUCAACAGCAGGACCCAAAUCGAGAUUGGGCGGCUGAGUUGGCUGGUGUUAGCCGAAUCGGGGGAAAAUGGAGCAUGACCGGAGAAGCCCCGGCAGUACCUGCAGCAGAACCGAUCGUGCAGCCCACAGUACAACCACACACUUCCAUUCCGAUUUCCUCAGCAAUUCCACCAAAAAGGGAAUCUCCCUCAGCUACCACACCGCCAGAGCCCUCGGAACCCUCCCAAACUCCACAACAAAGCGACUCGAUGGAUAUUGACCCCAUCUCCGCCUACUACGAUUCUGACCCAGGUGAAAGGAAAGCGAGAAGAAGAGAGGAGCAGAAAAGUCGAGAGGGAGGAGAUGAACCAGAAAGAACGCCGGUAGCGGAGUUUACUCCUCAAGAAAUGGCGAGGGUAGAGAUAGAUCUGAAUGAAACCGCCAGGAAGCAAGGCCUCAUGACUGAUGAGGAGUUUGAAGCGCUUUUGAGAGAGGUAACUAGGAUGGAAGAUGCCAUGAUGGCUGAGGAUCCAGACCUCAAAUCAAGGGUAGUAGGUGAGGGUGAAGAAGAUAGUGCAGGGAACAAGCCAAUUGAGGAAGAGAAAACAGUAGCAAGAACAGAGGUACCAGAACCAGUGGCACCUCCAGUGAUAAAACCGGAGGCCGUCAAGCGGAAGUUGGUGUUGAAGAGCGACCCUAGGGCGGAACGGCCGAAGCCGGAAAGGGUAUCGCAAAGAUGUCUAGGAAGGUGGGCAUCUAGCAAGGCGAAGGCGAACACGACAGCAGAUCCAGUGGAGGUUUUAAGUGAAGAGGAACGGACCACUCCCACAAAAUCUGGGGAGGAGUCCUUAUCCGCUACUGACUUGGAGGAUACUGCGAUGGCAACCGAAGUGGUCUCCCCAACGCUGAGUGACCAGGGCGAAGAGACUGAACAGAUGGCUGAGGGGCUGGACCUCGCAUCUGCACCAGACGGUCACGACGAGCAUGGAGAGGAAAGUACCCGCAUACGCGUAGAGACCAACCUUCUUGCCCAGGACCAGCCUUCAACACAAUCUGAGAAGAAACCGGAAGACGAGGAUAAUCGUGAUGAGGACAAAUACCAAGAAGAGAGGAAACGAAAGGGGAAAGCCCCUGUUAAGAGAAAGCCAAGCACCAAGAAGCAGCGCACAGUGAACAUAGGCAUCGUCAUCACAGACCCAGUUCAGAGAACCCCACCGCACCGUCAGGAGGCAAACGACAGCGACUAUGCUGCUAGUGAAGAGGAGACAUCCGACAGCGACGUCUCCCUAGAGAAUGAAGUGUAUAGUGAACAGCAGCUUCCACUGAACCAUCAGGAACUAGUAUAUCCCCAGGUGGAGAGAUUGAAGUAUAAACGUUGGACAGUGGAGCUCACUGAUGAGCUGGUGGAGGAGAUGAAGUUGUUCGACUCCAAAAAGCUACAAGAUGCUUUCAAGGAUAAGGAUGACGGGUGUCACGACCGCCCAUACUAG